GGAACAAAUUCGCCUGCUUACCGGAACAUGGCAACACAGCCGCAGCAUGUAGUAUAUAUAAGCUGUGCCUCGCUGCAUAUAUAUUUACAGCUCGAGUGCAGACUUCAUUGUUGUUGAGAAGGUUCUGGAUUUCCUCAUCCCAUUUUUUCGGAUUGGUAAUCUCUUGAGGCCUUCAAAAUGAAGCAGCUCAGUGUACUAUGCGCGCUGCUUGUGUUGGCCACCGCUACCCUGGACGCAACCUAUGAUCGUGCCAUUGACGCUUCUCUACCCCGCAUACAACCUCUCUGUCCCAAUUGACCAUUUCCACAAUGAUUCUAUGUACGAGCCUCACUCCAAUGGCACUUUUAAUCUGCGAUACUGGUUCGAUGCCACAUAUUACAAGGCAGGAGGACCAGUGAUUGUUCUACAGUCAGGAGAAGACGAAGGUACGGAUCGUUUGCCGUAUUUGCAGAAAGGAUUGCUUCACGAGUUGGCGGUGGCUACAAAUGGAAUUGGUGUCGUGCUCGAACAUCGAUACUAUGGAACGAGUUGGCCUGUGCCGGAUCUGUCGACAGAGAACAUGAGGUUCUUGACUACCGAUCAAGCUCUUGCAGACGAGGCAUACUUUGCAAAGAAUGUUGUAUUCGAGGGUCUGGAGCAUUUGAACCUUACUGCUCCAAACGUGGCGUACAUUGGAUAUGGUGGAAGCUAUGCUGGAGCUUUCAAUGCUUUCUUGAGGAAGCUGUAUCCGGAUGUUUUCUGGGGUACAAUCUCAUCUAGUGGCGUUGUAGAAGCCAUCUGGGAUUACUGGACAUAUUUCGAGCCAAUUCGUUUCUACGCAGAUCAAGAAUGUGUUGCUUACACCCAAAAAAUCACGAACAUGGUAGACAACAUCUUGAUCGGCCUGAACGACUCAGCUACAACAGCAGAACUGAAAGGAGUUUUCGGUCUUCCAAACGUGACUUACGAUGAUGACUUCGCAUCUGUCGUUUCAGCAGGAAUCGAUUCAUGGCAAGGCCUAAACUGGGACCCAGCCGUCAACGACCCAUCCUUCACCCUCUACUGCGGCAACAUAACCUCAGACGACCUAAUCUACCCCGACACCGAAGACCUAACCUCCACAGUCCAAGACCUGCUCUCGAAAGGCGGCUACUCCACCGAAGUAUCGAACCUCACCACCCCGCUCCUAAACUGGAUCGGCUGGCUCACCCAAUACGAAGUAUCCUCCUGCACCACCACCGACCAAGACAGUUGCUUCAGCACCCACAACAUCACCUACUACCAACAAGACGACAUCACGCAAUCCUGGCGCUCCUGGCCCUACCAAUACUGCACGCAAUGGGGCUUCCUACAAACCGGGUCCGGCGUCCCCGCAGACCAGCUCCCCCUCAUCUCCCGCACCAAUACCCUCGCUUACGAAUCUCUCGUCUGCAACUACGCCUUCAACAUCACCACUCCCCCGAACGUAACGGCCAUCAACAAAUACGGCGGCUUCAACAUCUCGUAUCCGCGCCUCGCCAUCAUCGACGGGGAACAUGAUCCCUGGCGUCCUGCCACUCCCCACGCGUCGCCCUUUAACACGACGGCAGUGAACAGGACGAGCACGGCGAGCGAGCCAUUCAUCUUGAUCCCGAAAGCGGUCCACCAUUGGGAUGAGAAUGGACUAUUCCCGAACGAGACGGUGGAUUAUCCGCCGGAUUAUCUGCCGCCGCCGCCGGUAAGGGAUACGCAGAGUCAGGAGGUCAUUUUUGUGUUGGAGUGGAUGGCCGAGUGGCAGUUGGAAAAGUUGUUGGGAGGGAAGAGUGAGUUGGUUUGAGAUGAGGGGGGAGAUAAUGUUUAUGAGGAUUUAUAUAAAAUUACUUAACGUAACGUAAAGAAUAAUGAAUGGAUAGACGUUCCUAGAUUUUGUACAUGCAGACUUUUGUGGUGAGGUAUAUGGUUUGUUGUUGGCGAGGGUUGCGACUUGAGAGCC